UUAUCAUAGGUGUUACACGUGCUCCUAAAUAUUUCGACAAUAAAUAAUGUAAAAUUAAUAUUGAAUUAUAAACUAACCACAUACACUCGAAUAUUAACAGUCAUUCUAUUGUCGUAGAUUUUUAAUCGGCAAUUUAGAGGUAUACUUUACAAGUGAAAAGAAUGCGAAUAUAAACUUACGCAAUAUUCUACAUUUGAUUUUGUUAAAUGCUCGAAACACUUAAUCGUUCAUAACAUUUAGUGAAAUUAUUUAAAUAUGUAAAACAUAUGUUUAUUUUAUCAAAAUUUAUGGCGCUUAUGUUAUUUACGUGAAAUUAUUGGGUGCAUUCUGCUAAGUUUAUCUUGUCACAAAAUCUAUUUAAUAACUACGACUGUUGCAAGAUGCAGAAUUUUUGUCCGUUGUGUAUGAAAAAUGGCAUUAAAAGAAGAGUCAAGGCAUUUCAGAUCAACUUGGAAGAAGCAGUAUGGGCUUGUCCAGGGGAAGAGUGCAUCUGGCCGCUUGAUCAUGACGUUCAAGACUUGACGUUCUUCAAAAGAAAUGCUAUUACCUAUGACUGGAAGGAAUCGGAUCUUCUGAAAGAAAACAUACCCGUAUCAAUGGAACUUUCACUCUACACUCCACCUGUGACUCCUGGAAGGAUAGAGCUUUCUAACGAAUUAAAUGAUAAUGGAAUGAUGGUUGAAAAUUUAACAAAUUCUUCUAUAGAAGACAAAAUUGAUGAAAUGUUUCCUGAAGAAGAACUUAUUCAUUUGAAAAGAGAACUUGCCAACUCUAACAAGUUAUCACUGUUGGAUCCACUUGAGCUAGAAAAUAAUCUUACUGAGAAAAGUAUAAAUAUUACAAAACAAGGGAAUGCAAGUCUGAGUAGUUUUAAGAUACAGCCCAAGGUCACUGACAUCCAGAAGACUAACAUUGACCUUACAAUUUUCUCAAGUGUUGAUGAAUGCUGUAAUAAGCAAAAAUUACAAAAAUUUAGACAAUUAUCUACAGAUACAAAUAAUAUAACGGAUAUUAUAAAAAAUUGUGAUAUUUUAUUCGACAAUACGUUCUUCAACAAGUUAGAUUUAAAUACACAGUGCGAAAUAGAAAGUAAACAAAAUAAAAAUAACAUAAUGCAAUUAGAUGAUGUGGCGAAUCAGGUGGAAAAAUUUAGUCCACAAAUGCUAUUAGAAGCAACACAAACAAUUGACUCCAGUAUUAUGAGUUUAGUUGCAACAGAUAAUUCUAUAUUGAACACUUCAGAAUCUUAUUUAAAUUUUGAUGCGAUACUAGAAGAUUUUUUUAAUGAUGAAAAUAUAUAACUGAAAAACGAGUUAGCAGUUAU